UCAUCAAACCGCUCUGGCCCCCCUGCCGACUCCGGAGUCCGGACACGACAACCACUCCCCCCCGGCCCCCAAUUCGACGGGGGUUUCCUGACACUGGUGUCGUCCUCGUCCUGUCCACCGUUCUCCUCGUCUUCCUUCUCCCAUCCCCAAAGAAGAGGAGGGGGGCAAAUUCAACCUUGUGGCGACGGGGUGAUCAGACGAGCGAGGCGCCAUGACUAACAGCGGCAACAGGGGAGGCGGCGGUGGGGGCGGCGACUACGAGAGCGGCAGCGACCACGAGGGCGGGCUGCAGAAGCCGCUGCUACCGAACUCCGGGAGCUGGUACCGGAUGGGGAUGGGUUCGCGGCAGUCCAGCCUUGCCGGCGCCUCCUCGUCCUCCAUGGCCAUCAUCCGCGAGUCCCACGUCUCCGCCUUCCUCUGCACCCUCAUUGUGGCGCUCGGACCCAUCCAGUUCGGGUUCACCGGUGGUUUCUCCUCCCCCACCCAGGACGCCAUCAUCCGGGACCUCAACCUCUCCAUCUCCGAGUUCUCGGUGUUCGGCUCGCUGUCCAACGUGGGCGCCAUGGUCGGGGCGAUUGCCAGUGGGCAGAUGGCUGAGUACAUUGGCCGCAAAGGGUCAUUGAUGAUUGCUGCGAUCCCAAACAUCAUUGGUUGGCUUGCGAUCUCAUUUGCGAAAGACUCUUCAUUUCUGUAUAUGGGACGAUUGCUUGAAGGAUUUGGUGUUGGUAUCAUAUCCUAUGUGGUACCAGUAUACAUAGCAGAGAUAUCUCCUCAGAAUAUGAGAGGAGCUCUUGGUGCUGUGAACCAGUUGUCUAUAACCAUUGGUAUCUUGUUGGCCUAUUUGCUCGGCAUGUUUGUUCCUUGGAGGCUGCUUGCAGUGAUAGGAAUGUUGCCCUGCACAGUGUUGAUACCUGGACUAUUCUUCAUUCCAGAAUCUCCAAGAUGGCUGGCAAAGAUGAACAUGAUGGAUGAUUGUGAGACUUCUCUACAAGUUCUGAGGGGUUUCGACUCUGACAUUACUGCUGAAGCCAAUGAUAUAAAGAGAGCAGUAACAUCAGCAAACAAACGGACUACAAUACGUUUUCAAGAGUUAAACCAAAAGAAAUACCGCACACCCCUAAUUCUUGGUAUUGGCCUACUUGUAUUGCAACAGCUUAGUGGAAUUAACGGUAUACUUUUUUAUGCAAGUAGCAUCUUCAAAACUGCAGGGCUCACAAACAGUGACUUGGCCACAUGUGCACUUGGAGCUAUUCAGGUUAUGGCCACUGGAGUUACAACCUCGUUGUUAGACAGAGCUGGCCGGCGGAUCCUCCUUAUUAUUUCUGCUGCUGGGAUGACUCUAAGCCUUUUUGCAGUUGCUGUUGUAUUUUUUCUCAAGGAUAAUAUGUCACAUGAUUCUAGCAUGUACUACAUCUUAAGUAUGGUAUCCUUGGUUGCUCUCGUGGCUUAUGUCGUUGCCUUCUCUUUUGGUAUGGGUGCCAUUCCAUGGAUCAUAAUGUCUGAGAUCCUCCCGGUUAGCAUCAAGAGUCUCGCAGGAAGCUUCGCAACACUUGCCAACUGGCUUACAUCCUUUGCCAUAACAAUGACAGCAAAUUUGCUGCUCAGCUGGAGUGCUGGAGGAACUUUUGUCUCCUACAUGAUUGUGAGCGCCUUCACUCUCGUGUUCGUCGUCAUUUGGGUGCCAGAGACGAAGGGAAGAACUCUCGAGGAGAUACAAUGGUCAUUUCGCUGAGCUUUCCAGCAUUGAGCAGAUACGACGACUCGAGUUUUUGUCCUCUUAGGAGGCGAGGGUUGAUUUGUGUGAUCAGAAUUCUUGGCUAUUCUUUUCCAACUCAAUUACUGGAUGAAGGCCACACAUUCUUUUUGUUCAUACAACACUCUGUACAUUCUUGUACAAUGUUGAUUUAACUUAUCCCCAAUUGACUUGUAAAGGCUUGUGCAGUGACUCUUAUUCACAUUUCUUUCUUUUUGCCUUCAGCACUGUAUGUUCAACAACACAAUGUAAAAAUAAAUUCUAAAGAUGAGAGAUUUGGUAUUCCUGGUUAA